UAUGACUGAAGACAUCUACCCAUUAUUCGGAUGGGAUGACCCUGUUCCGAAUGAAUUCAAAGAAAUCUUCUCUAAAUAUACCAAGUAAGUUUUUAAAUGAUUGUUAUAGUGAGUAAGACUCCCGAAAGUGUAGUAGCACAUUAGAAGAAUCCUUAAGUAGUUGAGUUGUGUGUAUGUUUUUAGUAGUGGACGAGGAUUACGAGAUAAUAGGAAAGAGCCAAAAUGAAAAUUCAAUCUGCCCACUUUGUUAUCAAAAUGUUCAAUUAGGUCAUACUCAAUUGUACUCCAAUCUACUUUCCCAGUACUUUGAUGUCCAUACUUAAUGUGCCCACACUUGUAAACAUAAAACAGCUUAACUUGCUCUUUUAACAGAUUAAAUCUAGCAUGCUCAAAUAAUGGAACGAGUGCCAGUAGACUAUGACCUAUUAGAUCUAAAUGUCAAAGUCUUUGUGGAAUUCAGAGUAUAUCACACUAUUGCACAAUAACCCUACCUCAAUCUAACUCAUUCCACAACUCUCAAAUAGAAGAAAAAUACUUCCAUCUUGAUAGAUUAUGCAAAUAUCAGAGAGUACUUUGGAGUAAGAUAAAAACACCAUGUACCAUUGAUGCAAGGUCGUAUUUAAAUUGAUGUUCACAUAAUGGAUAGUAAUCUAAUGCAAGAAUAAAAGAAUGUUCAUAAUUAUGAAUUCUACUAUAAUGCAAGCAAAGUUUCAAGUGAUUACAUUUGCAUUGGAUAUGAUGGCAUAUGCAUAUCAAUGUAAAGAGAAGAUGAAAAUAAUCAACCAUUAUUGUGUUUAAAAUCACUACAAAUCAACUUGUCUCCAGACAUUGCAAAAUAUUUAACUAAAUAAUCACCUAAAUCCUGUCCUGUAGUUGAUUCAUUUCUAUUUUCACCUAAAACACGUAAUUUUACACCUCAAAUUGGUCCUACUUAACAAAGAGUUCGUUUUUAAUCAUUCCAAUUGGAAGAAUAAACACAACCAGAUGAAUGGACAGAAGAUUUGUAAAGUUUUGAAUAAAUACGUGGCAAUAUAGUCAAUUUUGUUAAGACAUAACAUGGCAGUCGUCUUAUAUAGAAACAUUUUACUACUUGUACACAAAUAGAAUUAGAUCAAUUAUUACAAGAAAUAGGUCCACAUAUAGGAGAUUUAAUGAUUGAUCCUUAUGCCAAUUAUAUGUUUGGUAGUUUAAGUUAAAGUUGUGCUCCUCAUUAAAGAUUAUAUAUUUUACAAACAGUAACAUUUUAUUAAUAUAUAUUUUUUAGAUUUCUAAUCAUUUAGUGGAUAUUGCAUGUGAUAAAAAGGGUACUCAUGCUAUUUAAUCUUUGGUUUCUUUGAUAUCAUCUAAAUAAGAAGAAGAAAUGGUUGAAAAUAGCAUUAAAAAUCAUAUCAUUUAUCUCACUUUAGAUAGUCAAGGAACACAUUUAAUAAAAAAGAUCAUUGCUAGAUUCUCAGAAGAUCGUUUAAAUUUGAUAUUUUGCAAAUUAAUGGAGAGAUUCAUUUAAGUUGUCAAUCAUCAAUUUGGACUUUGUGUUUUGAAGGAUCUCAUUACUAAAUUAAAAAAUAAUCAAGAGAAAUGCAACUUAAUUUUAAUUAAAAUGCGUGAUCAAUUAGAUGAUAUAGUAUAAGAUCCAUUUGGUAAUUAUGGUGUAUAACAUGUUAUUGAUGUAAUUAUAUUAUAUCUAUAUAUAAAGGUAUAUGGAGAUUAGAAAUGCACACCAAUUAUAGAUAAAAUUUUGUAGAAAUUAGUACAAUUAUCAAUCCAUAAAUAUUCUUCAAAUGUUGUGGAGAAAUGUAUAUUGGAAACUUCUGCAAAAACUUAAAAACGAUUCAUUAAACAAUUAUCAUAAGAUAUCAUUUGUUUGGAAUUGAUGAAAAAUAAAUUUGGAACCUUUGUUCUACAAAAAGCUCUUUAAGAAGCUGACAAACUAGGCGAAGGAGACAUAUUAUAGUAAGCUCUUUAGCGAAAUUUGCCUUCCAUCUAUGCUCAAAGCAUUAAACAAAAGUGGAUGGAUUAUUUAGCUAAGAAGUAAUUAAUUUGA